AUGGCCGCCAUGGAGCGGCGAAGAAAGCGAGAUUUAAAAGAACAGAAUGUACGAGCAUGGAAUGGAGACAGAGAUGUGUUCGAGGUACAGAGCUCGCUGGACUCGAAUAUGAAGAAGAACACAGCAUUCAUCAAGCGUCUCCGCACCGCCAUUACCGCCGCCAACACGUCCACGUUUGUCCACGAGGUCCGAACCCUGUCGCUGCACAAAUACCUCACCGAGAUCAUUUCGGCUUGUUAUGAGGGCUUGACGAAGCUCAAAGUUGCUGCAGACAUCGCUGCUGGAGUGGAGAUCAUCAGCGCGUUGCACCAGAGAUUCGGUCCGGAAGAGUUCACUGCGUAUCUGGGAUGGUAUCUGGGCCGCGGUUUGGCUACACCAGACAAGGCACAGCUCAAGGCGCUGGCUCCGGAAGUGCGUGAGAGAGAAGAGAAAGAUCGUAUCACGAGGCAGCGAACAUUGCUACGGGUCGCAACCGAGCUAUGGCUAGUAGGUGCACUCAAGAGCCUGGAGGACAUCGCCCAACCGGCCGAAGCAGGAAAGGCGGGCAAGGGCACAGAAGCAGGCGCUAAGCCCAAAGUCAACGGAGCGAGACCAGAUGCCGCUGACCCAGAGCCUUUCCCCUUGGAAGUGCUCAAGGACAUGCUGGGUCAUGAUCGCGAACAUGUCAAUCUGCCGCUGGUCGUGCUGUUCGUGAAGACAUUUGCGUGGGACAUUCUUGGAUCAAAGCACGGCAAGAGCGAGGGUCGCCAAAAGGUUACUGAUGACGGCGCAGUGAGUAGCACAAACGGUAAUUUCGACUCCGCAACUUCCACCGAGCACGAUGACGGAUCCUCGCCUGAUCCUCCAAUGACACCUCCCGAGCUGCAGCAGCGAUUCCGAAACAUUCUUCAACGAUAUUUUGACGAUGUCAAGGCCCACAUCCUCCGCGACCAGCAGCGCCUGGCAGCACAGGGAAAGCGCAAUGCAGAGGCAUAUGUCAAAUCGGGCGAGGUCUUUGAGGAUCGCCAGUCGAGCCACGAGAAAGCUCAGAAAGCGCAAGAGAAACUCGUAUCCAGUGCGCAGACCCUGGCUGAGGUUUUGGGUGCUGAGAUGCCUGACUUGUCCGAGAAGGACAGCAGCAACGCUGGGUUCGAAAGCAGCAUUGGCCUGGUAAAGACAGGCGAGUAUCUGCGCGGUCAGGCCGAAGGCGCCGGAAUUUGGGAAGACGAGGACGAACGUCGCUUCUACGAGAAUUUGGUGGACCUAAAAGACAGAGUGCCUGGUAUUCUCUUGGAAGACGGCAAGAAGAAGAAAGCAGACAACGACGAGCAAGUCGGGAAGAAGAUAGAGGACACCGCAGAUGUCAAGGAAAAGCCUGCUGAGAGCGACGAGACGUCCACCGCGAUUGCGAACAAGACCGUCGGAGCUCAAGUCGACGCACUUCUCGCCCGCCUGCACGAGCUUUCUACCAAAGAUCAAGUCGACCAACUGGCCAUCGACUUCUGCUUCUUGAACUCAAAGGCUUCGCGCAACCGCCUAAUCAAGGCUAUCGAGGAAGUUCCCAAGGGUCGCACUGAUCUACUCCCGCUUUACGCACGCCUGAUCAGCACACUCGGCCGCCACCUACAGGAUGUCCCUGAUGCGAUCAUCAAAUAUCUGGACGACGAGUUCCGAAGCCUGCAGCGCCGCAAGUCCAAAGACUUCCUCGGUCAGGUUCGCAUGAUCAACAUGCGGUACAUUGCGGAACUCACCAAGUUCGGCGUGGUGCCCGAGCAUGUCAUCUUCCACUGUCUCAAAGUCAGCCUUGACGACUUUUCCAGAAUGAACAUCGAGAUUAUAGCAAAUCUCCUUGAGAAUUGUGGAAGAUAUCUUCUGCGCAACCCAGAGACAUCGCCACGUAUGGUGUCCUUUUUGGAGACUCUGCAGCGCAAGAAGUCGGCACAGCACUUGGGCCAGCAAGAACGCAUGCUCAUCGAGAACGCGGUGUAUUACGUCAACCCUCCUGAACGCGCCGCCAUCCAGCAGAAAGAGCGCACCCCUCUGGACCUAUUUGUGCGAAAGCUUGUCUACACGGAUCUUAGCAAGAAGACGCUCGACAAAGUGAUCAAGCAGAUUCGCAAGCUACAUUGGGAAGAGAGUGAGGUUGUGGAGAUUCUCCGUAAGAUCUUCGUCAAGCCCGGAAAGAUUCGGUUUGGCAACAUCUACCUGCUUGCGAUGAUGCUCGCUGCGCUGUAUCGCUUCCACACCGAUUUUGCGGUCACUGUAUUGGACGAACUCCUGGAGCGCAUCACCGUCGGUCUUGAGAUUAACGACUUCAAAUUCAACCAACGUAGGAUUGCCGAAGCGAAGUACCUGGGAGAGCUGUACAUGUACCGCGUUAUCGACUCGGCGCUUGUAUUCGAUACCCUGUACAAGAUCCUCAACUAUGGACACGCAAGCUACGCUCAGCCUGGCGAAGUAUGCAUGAUGGAUCUGCCGGACGACUACUUCCGCAUCCGACUGGCUUGUGCAUUGCUUGAGACUUGUGGGCAUUGCUUCGAGAAAGGCGCUGCCAAGAAGAAGCUGGACUUCUACCUCUCAUUUUUGCAGUACUACAUCAAUGUCAAGGACCCACUGCCGAUGGACAUUGAGUUCGUGGUUCAGGAUACCUACAACCAUCUCCGGCCUCAGUGGAAGCUGGUCCUCAACGAUAUACAGGAAGCUUCCCGGGUCUUUGGCGAGGCCUGCAAGCAGAAUUACCAGGACACCGCAUCUGGCAAGACUGCCGAGCCUGAAGAGCCAGAGGCGGAAGUGAAUCUUUCUGAUGACGAGCGCCGCGAUGGUGAUGAAAAUGCAGCUGAUGGAGAUGCGACGCACUCUGGCAGUGAUGAUGACAAGGCACAAGGUGAUGAUGACGACGCACGAGCUAAUGAGCAAUCUGACGAGGAAGAGCACAUUGUGGUGACUCGACCCGAAGAUCACAGAGAUCCAGAAGCAGACGCCGAAUUUGACCGCGAACUCGCCAAACUCAUGGCUGAGAGUGUCGACUCUCGCAAGUUCGAACGCAAAACGAUGUUCGAUGUCCCGCUUCCCAUGCGUCGUACGGUGCGUGAUGCCACCAUCAAUGCUGCUGAAGGCAGUGGAGACGAGGCAACAGCGCAACCACAGACCAAUGGUGCGGGCACGAUGAAGUUUGCGCUCCUCAGUAAGAAGGGCAACCGUCAACAGACACGAUCGAUCGAUAUGCCUUCAGACUCUGCAUUUGCAGUUGCCAUGCGCUCGCAGCAGGAAGCUGAACGCGCGGAGCAGCAGCGUAUCAAGAACCUGGUUCUCAACUACGAUUUGACGAACGACCAGGAAGAUGGCGCCUUCGAAUCCCUCCACAACGGCCCGCGAUACGACAAAUCGGGCAAUACGCGCUCGAAGCAACGCGCACGAAAGUUGCAGCUUGGAGACAUUGAUUGGACAUAACGAGAUUGGUAGGGGACGCUUGACGUCCAAUACGAACAACCCUCCACACGACCACUUAAUGAUGCAAUGGUUACGCAUCACUUCUUGCCUUUGGGAGCAUGACAAACAGACUACUGCUGUCAUUACCCAGCCGUCGAUGACGAGUCGAAGCAGGAUCGCCGUUGUUGACAGUCCCGAGUGUCUCGAUACAAGAAAGCUAUUCGGCUCUGCGUCGAGACGACCAAUACCUGCGCGAUGUGCAGGACGACGCAAUGCGAUCACGUCGAAGAAGGGAAGAGAGUGGAAGUUCGUGCCCACUCUAGCUCGAAUGGGGACGUGGAGAGCAUGAAUGGAGCACUGAGAGGAUCCCGAACGCACACGAAUCAUACUUCAGAUGGGACAGUAUACGCGCGUGGGAGAGG